CCCAAAAUAUUCUCUCUCCAAAAUUUUGUAACAGAAGCUUGCGGGGCGUCUCUCUUCUCUCUCUUGAGUUUUCGCUUUUGUAAUUUCACUCUGAAACCCAUAUUUUAGGGCCAAAUUCUUCACAGGCUCCAUAUUCCAGCUGAAAUUAGGUUUUUCCCCUUUUCUCCAGUGUUAUAAAACUCGGCUGAGUCCACUCUGAUCCUUUCUGAUCAAGGAUUUAGGAGAUUUAAAUACGUGGUGGCAGGAUUGUCUUUUGCUCUUGCGUUGUCUCCUGCACGCUUCCUAAAUGGUAUCCACCAUGACUUGGAUGGGUCAACUUCAAUUCUUCUUGAUCUUAUUUCUUCACUUUUUUCUUUUUUUUGUCCAGGAAAACAUAAUAGACUGUGAUGAUAGUGAGAGUUCCUCAGAUGGUUUGGAGCAUGAUACUAGCAUGUCAUUGAUAGGCCCAUCGACUUCAAGAAUGUACUCUGAUUCAGUAUGCGCAGAUCCAGUUGAGAAUACUGCUGGUUGCUCGUCGUGGAGUCAUUUGAAAUCGCAUUUUAUAGGAAUGGGUUUCCCAGUGGCUCUUGUGGACAAAGUUAUUGCAGAGCAGGGUGAAGAGGAUGCUGAUGCAAUGUUGAAUUCGCUCUUUACCUAUUCUGCCCUUGAAAACUCUAAUUUAGACCUGGACGAGCCCCUAACAGCCAUAAAUAAUCCCAGCAUAGAGGAAACUGAAAUUGCUGAACUCUCCUAUUUGAACAACGAUCAAGGAAUGGAGCACCAGGGUUCUCCAUCUAAUGAUGUGAUAGACACAAAGACUUCUCUGUUGUUGAUGGACUUUUCUGCCGAUGAAAUUGAUAUGGCCAUUAGUAGGCUUGGUGUGGAAGCUCCCCUUGACGAACUCGUAGAUUCCAUAAUUGCUGCUCAAAUAGCUGGAAGUUCUGAAGACAAGGAUGAUAAUGAGCUAGCUAAUAACAAUGAUGUGAAUAAAGAGGGCAGUGCCAAUAAUGGAUUGUUUGAGACCAUGAAUAAAACUCUUUGCCUUUUAGAGAUGGGGUUCUCUGAAGAUGAGAUAUCUUCUGCUAUUAGCAAAUAUGGUGCUGAUGUUCCACUCCGUAAACUAGCUGAUUCAAUUUUUGCUAAGCAAAUUGCCCUGUCCAUAGGUAAAGGAGAUAAUAAAGUAUCAUCUGAAUACCAUUUAUUGAAAGACAAGAGUAAGUUCAAGACUGCAGGUAGAUUGCAUUCACGGGAUUAUCAGAUCAUGAUGUUACCAGAAGAGUUGAGAGGGAAGAGAAUCAAAUGUGAAACUUACGGCAGUAGUAGAGAAGCAUCUGAAGAAGAAGGUUCAUCUACUUUUGAUGAUAAAGAAGGUUCCUAUAAUUUUUACAAAGGAAAAAGCACCAACUUUAAAAACAUUGGAAAAGGCAAACAACCCAAGGUUUCUUCAACGGAUGAAAGAAAUGCAUUCUCAACUUCUGAUUUGUCGGAAACUAGUCCAUAUGACUCAUGGAUGCCCUUUGAGCCUAGCCCCAAGCCAUCUAGUGGUCUGCGUGAAACGUCAACAGAUUCCACAUAUUUUUUGUAUGGGAAUGUGAACAAUAUUCCCUAUGAGGACUGGGAAACUGUUACGCGAUUUUUAUUUGGUACCAUUCCGGAGUUCAUAGACUCACAGAACUUCUCAGCCCUCAGUAGAAAAGAAGGAUAUGCCCAUAACCUCCCCAUUGAUACUCGAACCCACAUAGAUCCAUUACCCCAAAUGACUAUUCAAGAUGUAUUGCCAAGAACCCGAAAAUUUUGGCCCCCUUGGGAUCCAAGGACAAAGCUAAGCGGCACUAAUUUCAGUUUAGGGCUCACACAACUGUGUGAGAGACUGGAAAGGACGGCAGCUGGUUCCAAAGGACUUCCAUCUUAUGUACAAAAGGAAGACAUCCUCCAUCAUUGCAAGACUUGGAACUUAGUAUGGGUGGGCCCGUAUAAACUCAGCCCUUUAGAGCCUGAAGAUUUGGAGGCUAUCUUAGGGUACCCCAGGUACUACACUCAUGGAUCUGGAUUGGACCCCAAUGAACGGCUGAGGUUGCUUAAGGACAGCUACCAAGUAGACACACUGGGUUAUAUAUUCUCGGUCUUCAAGGAAACUUUCCCAGCUGGGAUAAAUGUUUUAUCGAUUUGUAGUGGGAUUGGAGGGGCUAUUGUCUCUUUGCACAAGCUUGGGAUUCAAAUCAAUUGCAUUGUUUCAGUUGAGUCUUCUGAUCUGAAUCGAAGACUUCUUUGGAAUUGGUGGAAAAGUACUGAACAGAGAGGGGAUCUGAUUGAGAUUGAUGAUGUGGAGAAGCUGAAGAGUCGAGAACUUGAUAAUUUGAUGGGACAAGUUGGUGGGUUUGACGUUGUUAUUGGUGGAAACCCAAGCAAGGCUUCAGUUGGAUCUAGUAGGGGUCCUAUGAAUGGGCCAGAGUGUCUUGACCAACCACACUUUUUUGAGUUUAUUAGAAUUUUGAAUUAUGUUCGUGCUGUAAUGGCUAAGAAAAGAUCACGUGAAGUGUGAUCUGUAUCUUUCCUACUGCUCGUCUCAAUAAAUUUAUAAUUUUGGUUUAGAAUGUUAUUUGAUAA